UCUUCUCUCCCUUUCUCUUUUUCUCUCUCUCUCAACAUUUUUUUUUUCUCGAAACAAGUUUUUCUUUUCACACAUCCAUUCAGCGUGGGUAACUAUUUCCAUGGUACCCCCUCAAAUCAACAAUGUGUUUAUUAUACGGCAUGGUGAGCGACUCGACCAUGCCAUUAAGAUGUGGCGACCAGACCCUUCACAUGGCUUAUGGGACCCACCAUUGUCGCCUGCUGUAAGUUACAUGAUAUUAGGCCACGAGCAAGCUGAAAAGACCGGACAACGGCUCGUCGAGCUGUUAGAGGAGGUGGGCGUGGACUUGGAAACAACGAGCGUUGUUAUCUACAGUUCACCAUUCCAACGAUGCAUUGACACUUCACUGGGGAUUGCACGUCAUGUGCCCAACUCGAUCCUACGACUCGAGUUGGGAUUAGGAGAAUGGAUGUGUGAACGGUUCUUUGAUGAAGAUCUGGCACCUGCAUCACGGUUAAUUGCGCGACAACAGGAGGCGUUGGCAAGGCAACAGGCACAAGCGUUUGCUUCCAUGGCAACAAAGACAAAGAACAACAAUUAUAGCGAUUACCUUGGUAACACCACAGCCCUAACAACGCCAGUAGUGCCAAUGUUACCAUGGGUGGAUUAUGGAUACCGACCCCUACGGACUGAAUUUGACUUUCCAGAACGGUAUGGGGAUAUGCUGCGGCGUUUCGAUGAGGCACGGAUGCACUGUUUGGCCACGGCACAGCAGCUGCCACCGCAGAAAACCAACAAGAAGACCACAGCUUGUUCGUCUCAUAUGAUUUUAUUGUUUGUCACUCACGCUGUGGGCGUUAAUGCAUUGUUGGAUGGGUUUAGAAAUCAGUUGACGCGACCGAUUGAGACGGGAUAUUGCAGUAUUUCACGGGUAACACGGACGUCGCACCACUUGCCGUCCCCCAUAGUAAUGUUUCCUGCUGCUUCCACUACUACAAUAUCGUCCGCACUCCCUUCUCCCAAAGAAGAAAAGGACACAAGCGAUCUGCAUGAACGUGACGAGUGGACGGUUGAUCUGCUUGCUUCUGAUACCCAUCUUACUUAAAUUACUCCAAUAAUCUUAUUUACUCACUUUUCUUCACUAUACCCUUUCCCUUUCUCCCAAUGUAAAAAAUCCUCCUACCCCCUUCAACCUGAAUUCG